UUUAACUGUGCCUAAAGAAGUGUGAGACUAAAGAAGCGAGUUCAUGAAUUUAUGAGUGAUCGUAAAGACAAAUGAUUUACAGGAAAAGCGGCUCCUCUCAUUCCGCUCAGCUCUGUGAGGCAAAGUCCGCAGAUAGACAGACAGACAGACAGCUGACCGUCUCACCCUCCCCUGCCGGGACAACAGCGGUGUGAGGUGGACUGUUCCCCAGCGCGCUGCUCGGGCCAUGCGGGGUCGGCAGGAUGGCGGAAAAACCCAAAGUUUCUCCGCUCAAGAACUUCGUGGCUGGGGGGGUCGGGGGAGCGUGUCUGCUGCUGGCCGGACACCCCCUGGACACCAUCAAGGUGAGACUACAAACACAGCCCAAAGCUGCUCAGUACGUCCUCUACACAGGAACGUAUGACUGCUUACGCAAGACCGUAUCCAAGGAGGGCAUCCUCGGUCUAUAUAAAGGUAUGGGGGCUCCCCUGGCGGGCGUGGCUCCUAUGAUGGCCAUCAGUUUCUUUGGUUUUGGUCUUGGAAAACAGCUCCAGCAGGCAGACUCUGGAAAACCGCUGACGUACGCUCAGAUCUUCCUGUCUGGCUGUCUGGCAGGAGUGUUUACUACAGUGAUCGUAGCUCCAGGAGAGAGGAUCAAAUGUUUACUGCAGGUGCAGUUGAGUGGUGGAGGGUCCAAGUACGCAGGCCCAUGGGACUGUGCAGUCAGGCUGUAUAAGGAGCAGGGCAUCCGCAGCGUCUACAAAGGGACUGUACUCACUCUCAUCAGAGAUGUGCCUUCUAAUGGUCUGUACUUCCUCACAUAUGAAUACCUCAAAGACUUCCUGACCCCUGAAGGUCAAAGUGUGUCCCAGCUCAGCACUCCCAGGAUCCUCCUGGCCGGUGGUGUAGCUGGAAUACUGAACUGGACGAUCGCUCUUCCUCCAGAUGUGCUGAAGUCAAACUUCCAGACAGCUGCAGAUGGGAAAUACAGAGGUCUGGCUGAUGUCCUGAGAACGCUGCUUCGAGAAGAAGGACCUAAAGCCCUCUACAAGGGCUUCAACGCCGUCUUUCUGCGAGCCUUCCCGGCCAACGCUGCUUGUUUUCUGGGAUUUGAGGUGGCGUUAAAGGGCCUGAACAUGGUCGCCCCGAGCUGGUGAAAGAAGACGAACUGUGCUGGCAGCGUUGAGUGUCUGUGGAGUCACGUGUCAGGAUGGGGAAAUAAAAUCAUUUCAUUUUAAACCUACUUUUUAAUAUCGCUUUACAAAUAUAUUUUUAAAAUAUUGACCUCUGUAAUCCUCAGUGUGGGAGAAGUGUUGCGAAAUCUCUGUAUAAUCCUCCUCCUGUCACCACCCUCAUAUUUUGAAACUGAAUGUCACAGUCAGUCACCAGUUAGCUCCGCCCUAAAUCCUCCCCUGCUUCCUGGACCAUAACUUCCAAAAUAAACAUGUUUUAUUUAUUAAAACUGGAAAUUAGCGCCUGAGACCAUAAACUCAUGAGGAAAGUGUUUAAGGUGCUCAGAGAUCAGGUGAGCAGCAGGUUCAUCCAAUCAGACUGCUUUUUGCCCCCUGCUGGACAUUAGAGAAAAUGCAGUUUUAGGUCCUUCAGCAUUCAUUUCAUGUCUGAAAAGUGAAGCAAAAAGUGAAUAUAUGUGUGUGAAGCAGAAUAUUUUUAUUAGUUUGGUUAAUAAAGUCUUCAGUUUGCUGUA